ACCGGCCCAAGCCGGCUCGGGUGCAGCCCAACCCAUCAAGACGCAGGAGGCGUCUUCCUCCUCGCGGCGGCGGCUACAGAAGCUCCGCUUCUCUCCUCCCCUCACCCAAAUCAACCCCAAAUCGUUUAUUCUCUUCAUCAAAAGUGUGGAUCUGAGCCUCCCCGUCUUCUUUGAGGAUGGCGGGGGAACGGUGGUACGACGGUCUUCAUAAAGGGUACGACAAAGAGCAUCGUGCGCGGGACAUUGAGAAUAAUGGGGAACUAACACCUAUGCGCAUGAGGGGUCAUAGUGCCCACGACUGGCCGUGCGACGAGCGGUAUGAGACAUACUUCGAGAGAUUGGGCCUUCUCCCGUUCGUGCUUCAGUUCAAGCGACACGCUCCGUCGAUCAACCAUGGGGCAAUGACCGCACUUAUUGACCGUUGGAGGCCAGAGACACACUCAUUCCACUUGUCAUGUGGAGAGAUGACCGUGACCUUGGAGGACAUGGCGAUGAUCAGUGGCCUUCCAAUCAAUGGCGUCGUCGUCUUGUCUUGCAACAGGAACAACAAGAGGAGCAACUGCAAGAAGAGCCAGAGCAAGAGGAGGCACAGCAAGAUGAAGAGGAGUACAAUCAAGAUGAAGAGGAGGUGCUUGGGAUGUCCCAAAUGGAUGAUGCGCCUGAGCCAUCACAGCCCACACAACGCACGCCGCGCAGCAAAAGAGGAAGGAAGAAGUGAAUUAGUUAAUACUAGAUUCUCGCGAACUUUGUUAUGUUUGAUUCGUGAACUUUAGAAGUGGCGUGAACUUUGCUACCUUGACUUGUGUUUAAUUUGCACUUAUGGAGUGCACUUUGCUACCUUCAUGUUGUUGUGUUGCUAUGAUGGCGUGAACUAUGGUACCUUAUUGC